AUGAAUCAUUCGACGAUGUUUCGUAUUCACAAUUGGCUCAGAUCACAGCGGAAGCUCUUCCAGAGCAAAAUGUGCCUAUUGAUGCUAGUGAUGAUUAAUUUCGUGAAUAGCGUGAUUUUGACACUGGAAGUGUGCGGAGAGGAUUCAAAUUUGGCGUUAUUGAUAUUCUUUAUCAACACAUUUUUGGUGUUCCUCUCAAUGUAUGCGCUUUACAAUUUCAAACCGCUGCUUUUGUCGCCGAAUGUCAUUCUGAAGAUAGUUUUAUCUUCUUCGGCAUUAUUCUAUGGACUUCAAAUGGCUGAAAAACAAGCGAAUACAGCGAUAUUUGUGUGGCUCACAAUAUCGGUCAUUUUAUUCAUUCUCGAGAUUCAUGUGAUGUUCUCGACGACAUUCGAUAUCAUCAAACAAAUCAAUCUGCGUGCUUACAGUAAGCCGCCGCCAGCGUAUAAUCAGGUGAUGUGCAUUGAAGCACCUCCACCAACAUACGAAGAAGCCUUGAAUCGAUUGCGCAACACUGAAAGCGCCCUCACAUCAGGUCUCAAAACGACAACUACAGUACCCGUCGAACUCGACACUCAAGACUUGGUUCGAAUGGCCGUUUAG